GUGGAGGAGGGUUCGAGGGCGGGGAGAAGCGCGCGCCGCCGCGGCACACGAACUGAAUGAAACAGUGAGAGGAGACGGAGCUGCGGUGCGCGCGCUCGGGCGCACAUGACAAGAAGAAGAAGAAAAAGAUGAUGAUGACUACGAUGAUGAUGAUGAUGAGAUGAGCGCCUUCGCUUUGUGAGCGCAGCACCGCGAGGCACCCGGGGGCUCGUCCCAGCCGCGCUCUGCAGUGCACACGCCAUGGCCGCGCAGCGCGACGCGCUCGGCGGGUACGCGCCCCACUCGGACCCGGGUUCGAACAGCGAGCGCAGCGCCGAUUCACCGCUGCCCGCGUCCGAGGAGGACUGCGGCGGAACGGCGGCCGUGUCCGACCCGGAGUGGACGGAGGAGCGGUUCCGGGUGGACAGAAAGAAACUGGAGCUCAUGCUUCUAGCUGCCACAGAAGGGAUGGUCAACGGAGGAGAGGAUUUCUUUCAGAAGAUCAUGGAGGAAACCAAGACCCAGAUAGCAUGGCCGUCUAAACUGAAGAUAGGUGCCAAGUCUAAGAAGGAUCCUCACAUCAAGGUGUGCGGGAAGAAGGACAACGUCAAAGAGGCGAAAGAGAAAAUCAUGUCCGUCCUCGACACAAAAAGCAACCGGGUGACCCUGAAGAUGGACGUGUCCCACACGGAGCACUCCCACGUCAUCGGGAAGGGCGGCAACAACAUCAAGAAAGUCAUGGAGGACACCGGCUGCCACAUACACUUCCCUGACUCCAACCGCAACAACCAGGCAGAGAAAAGCAAUCAGGUGUCCAUCGCGGGCCAACCGGCAGGUGUGGAAGCUGCCAGAGCCAGAAUACGGGAGCUGCUCCCCUUGGUGCUGAUGUUCGAGCUUCCGAUGAUGGUCCAGCUGAACCCGGACCCCGGCUCCCCCGCCAUCCAGCACAUCGCCCAGACCUACGGCAUCUCGGUGUCCUUCAAGCAGCGCUCCCGGCUCUACGGCACCACCGGGGUGGUGAGGGGGUCCCAGAACAACGCCGCAGCGGUCAAGAGAGGUACGGCUUUGCUCCUGGAGCACCUGGCGGGCAGCCUGGCCAGCGCCAUCACCGUGAGCACCCAGCUGGACAUCGCGCCCCAGCACCACCUCUUCAUGAUGGGCCGCAACGGCAGCAACGUCAAGCACAUCAUGCAGAGGACGGGCGCCCAGAUCCACUUCCCCGACCCCAACAGCCCGCAGAAGAAGUCUACCGUCUACCUCCAGGGCACCAUCGACUCGGUCUGCCUGGCGCGUCAGUACCUCAUGGGCUGCCUGCCGUUGGUGCUGAUGUUUGACAUCAAGGAGGACGUGGAGGUGGAUCCGCAGUGCAUCGCGGCCCUCAUGGAGCAGCUGGACGUAUUCAUCAGCAUCAAGCCAAAGCCCAAGCAGCCCAGCAAGUCUGUGAUUGUGAAGAGCGUGGAGAGGAACGCCCUCAGCAUGUAUGAAGCCAGAAAGUUCCUGCUGGGCCUGGAGAGCAGUGGGGUGUUGGCGCCUCCCGGCAGUGCCAGCAGCAGCGGUGCCGGCAGCCCCCCGGCCGUGGUCUGCCCCGUGGGCCUCGACAUCCUGGCCUCGGCUGGCCUGGGGCUCGCUGGCCUGGGCCUCUUGGGUCCCGCUGCUGCCUCCGUGAACAGCUCGCUGGGCCCCAACACGCUGCUCAACGCUCUGAACAGCUCGGGGAGCCCCCUGCAGGUCCCCGGCUCCGGAAGCCCCGCCCCCAGCCCCACGCUGUGGUCCAGCUCUAUUGCCAACCCCUCCAGCGCACCAGGGUUCUCGUCACCUCUGAUGAUCCACCCUGCAACGCAAGCCACUCUUACAAGCAUCCUCCUGUCUGGGUACAGCCAGAGCACUCCAUCGCCCCCUCCAGGCCUGGCCCCGAUAGACCCGAAGGUCAACGGGGUCACGGACUGCAGCAAGACGGCCGCCUCGCUCAACGGCCACGUCAAGCAUCCCAGCCCAGUUUACAGCAGGAUGUCUGCAGCAUCCCUGGCUGAGAAGGUCCUGAAUGUCAACCAUGGGGACUCUGUGCAGGACUCCAGUGGACACUGUCCCUCGGAGCCACUCUCCAGCAAGUCAAGCCCCGAUGAAGGGUCCAACGAUGCCUUCGUGGAGGUGGGCAUGCCAAGGAGCCCGUCCCACUCGGCCAGCAGCAGCGAGCUGAAGCAGAUGCUGUCCUCCUGCAAGACUCCCGCGGGAAAGCGGCAAGCCGUGGAGCUGCUGCAGGGAACCAAAAACUCCCACCUGCACUCGGACUGCCUUCUCUCGGAUUCGGACUCGAGCGCUUCCGAAAGCCCCGUGGCGGACAAGCGGGCCCCGGGCAGCGAGCGAGCUGCGGAGCGGGCGGCAGCCCAGCAGAAUUCGGAGAGAAUCCGGCUCACGCAACAGUCCUCGUUCGCCAACAUGCAGGCGUUCGACUAUGAGCAGAAAAAGCUUUUGGCAACCAAAGCCAUGCUGAAGAAGCCGGUGGUCACGGAGGUGCGGACACCCACCAACACCUGGAGCGGGCUGGGCUUCUCCAAAUCCAUGCCAGCGGAGACCAUCAAGGAGCUCCGACGAGCCAACCACGUCGCCUACAAGCCUACCAUGACCACCACCUAUGAGGGUUCCUCUCUCUCGCUGUCCCGCUCCAACAGCCGCGAGGGUGUGGGAAGUGGCAGCGACUCGGACAACUGGAGGGAGAGGAAUGGCGGAGGUCUUCCCGGCCACUCCGAGUUCUCCCCAGCCAUCAGCCCCAAGAGGAAGCAGAACAAAUCAGUGGAGCACUAUCUCAGCAGCAGCAACUACGUGGACUGUAUCUCAUCCAUGAUGGGGAGCAACGGUUGCAACCUCAACGUCUCCUUCAAGGGCUCCGACCUCCCGGAGCUGUUCAGCAAACUGGGACUGGGGAAGUACACUGACGUUUUUCAACAGCAAGAGAUUGAUCUUCAGACGUUCCUCACCCUGACGGACCAGGACCUGAAGGAGCUCGGGAUCACCACCUUCGGCGCUCGGAGGAAAAUGCUGCUGGCCAUUUCAGAAUUAAAUAAGAACAGGAGAAAACUGUUUGAGCCUCCGAACAUCCGCUCCUCUUUCCUGGAGGGGGGCGCUAGCGGACGACUUCCUCGCCAGUUCCACUCAGACAUUGCCAGCGUGAGUGGACGGUGGUAGGCGUCGGGGGGGGUGUCAAAGGUCGGGACCGCCCCGGCCGGAGCCGGCACGACGCGGACCAAAGCUUGCCUUCUCAUAAAGUGACAAACGCAGCACAACAAAAGCGAGACAUUGAGCAGAAACGGAGGAAGCCCGAGCGAUCGAACGUCCGUCUGUGAACAGCAGCCGCGACCCCAGCCGACCCCAGGCGCUCCUUUUCCACGAAGCAAAUUCCAUCUCUUGUGAAGGAACUGAAAUACAUGCACUGUCACAUCUCCCGAAGGAAUAGGCGGGAUGUGUCGUGAUUUUGCAUUUUGAUACUAUUUAAGUGUAACCUUAGUUUGUCGUAUCAUCCUGUGCACUUUAAGAAUUCCAUAUCCUUCUGCCUGUGGAUGCAUAUUUUUCUCAUCUGCAUACCUACGUAUGUUUAUGCCUUUUCUAAGCACUUACGAGGGUACCAAGCCAACUGUAAGCGCAUCGUGUCGAUACGGAUGGCAAGGAAGGUCUCGGCAUCGCUGCGUGACCACGGAGCAGAAGUCUCAGAAUGGACGUUGAACCGUCUUCGCCGUUUCCAUGGACCGGACCUGACGCUGGGUCCCUGUUCCUCGCUUGUGUCACAUCGUCCGCGCUAUAUGUCAGACCUAUCUUAAAAAAGAAAAAAACCCCCGUUGUCCCUCCCUUGUCUAUCCCCAGUUUAACCGGGUUUUUUUUUUUUUUUUUUCCUCCUCUAAUUUGACAACGGUGGCUUGGAGCUCGUCGGUUCAUCCUUGCCGAUAGCAGUCAGUGUUAAGCAGCCCACAGCCUGACUCCAAGGACAGCAGGGAAUGCUGGGUAAGGGAGCCUGACAUCUCCUACCUCUGGGAUCUGUUCGACGCUGCACGGUCGUGUCCGCGCACCGAGCGCUAGAACGCUGCCGCUGACCUCCGGUCGCUCUCGUCGCGAGAUCCUCGAAGCCCGAGCCGCUCGCCGGUCUCCCUCCACACGUUAGCGGUUUGCCGCGGCCGGGCCGGAGCGCCACGGCGAAAAGUGCCAAAGGUUUGCUCCCGAAGGGUUUGCGUCGUCUCGCGCCCUGCGGGGGUCUUCGUACUUCCCACGUUUUCCUUCCUCCCGUUUGGCGCAAAAGCUGACCGGAAAGGCCUCGCUUGAUGCCCCCCCCCCCCACAAAAGUGUAAAGGUGUAAUCCAUAGAUUUAGGGGGAUUUUAAUCUUGAGCUGUGAAUCACAUCUGCAGUCGUUUUUGUGACGGAAGGAAGUGUUUCCAGCGGAAGCCACAAGGUUCGUCCACCUUUACACACAGUAGCUUCCUCAAAGGCUAAUUUGAACAAAAUCGAUUUCUUCAUGUGGGGGGGGAGGAGAAGGUCCAGUUUUGAAUUUGAUAUGAACUGCUGAAAAACUGCCUUUACUGUUUCCAAUGUGCUUGGAGAUGUGGUGUAUCCCGGUUUUAUAUUGUUACGGAAAUACCGAACAUGUCCUUUUUUUGUGUUUGAGGUACGUACGAUUUCGUAAGAAUUGCACAGCAAAGGAAGGUUGACAUAUUUAGCAUUUUUAUAAUUUUAUUUUUUUUAAUAUCAAGUUUGAAACGACAGUUGGUCUGCAGUAAAUGGUCCAAUCUUUCUCUGGUAUUUUGUCGUUUUUACAGUGCUGGUACUGCCAUUUAUAUACAUUGGUCUCGGGAUGAUGGGCACUGAAGUACAUUAUGUAUAAACCUAAUAAUUAAACCUCCCUACAAUAAGAGGUAUUAUAUAAACAUGGGAUCAUUUUGAUGCAAUGGACUAUGCAAAUAAACAACUUUGCCGUAACAUUUCUUUCCGAAGUCUGCAGUAAGAGGCAUCAAAGAGGGUGGCAUCUUAAAGCCGGUAUUACCUUUCUCGUUUUCAACAUUCUGAUAAGUUUUAAACUCCUCGAGUUAUCUUUCAGGCAUUUUCUGAAUGCAUCGUUGUUUUCCGAAGGAGCGGCAGUGAUUCUUUCAUAUACUUUCUCAUCCUGUCCCAGGAAAGAGGAUC